AGUUUGUUAACUGUCAUACAAAGUGACGGCCCGAUAUUGUAAAUAACUGAGAGAAACGCGCGUAUGUAGACGACUCAUAGCACGCGCGGUGUUAUUGGUGUUCGCUAGCUUUAAAAGCAUAUUGAGAAGACGGGGAAAUAAAGAAAUCCCGGCACAGAAUAGCAGCUAAAAAAUCUAAUUGAUCAGGAAAGACGUUUAAUAAUACAUUCGGUUUCUCUAAAAAAAAAUGAACGAUGACAUUCUGAGAGUUUAGAUAAAUUGGAUUGGAUCUGAGCUGUUACCGGAAAUAUUUUAAAAAUUCUUGACAAAGAAGACUUAUAAAACGUGUCUUUGAAAACAAAUUUGAAAGUGGACUUAUUUCUUUUAUCGUUUGACUCGAGGAGAAGCUUUUACAACAGUUUAACGAAUCGGAUUGCUUUGGAUUACAAGGUAAUAAAAAGGAUGGCAGACAGACGUGUGUGAUUUAAACUAAAAAAGACUGGUAUUAGUGCGUUGCUCUGAAUAUACGAGCCUGGUAAUGCAUAAGGAGACAUCUAAUGUGCAGAUCUUCAAUUAUAUACGACUAGAAUAUCUAUUUCUUAAAAGUGCUUUUGAAAACAAAAUGAACUGAAGUGGAAGAAUCAGCAUUUUUGCUCUUUUGUCAUUAACGACCAUUACCAGAAAGACAGAAAACGCAUUAUUUUGUGGCUACCGUCUAUCGCAUAUGUUGCUAUAAAAAGGAAAAAUAUCCAUUUUCCAUGGACUUUGUAUUCAUAAGACCAUUUCUAAAACCAAUUUGGCUGGCUCCAUACUGAGUUCUUCAACCAUCAGCAAUUAGUGGACUAGGAAUAUUGUAGCAUUCCCUAGUGGUUCCAUACAAAACUAUCAGAUGCUGCUGAAUUAAUAAACAAUCUAAUUAUGCAAUGCUACACGAAGUAGGGAAUACCAAUACAAAUCACCAAUAAUGUGUAGCAUUUAAAGCCUUGGAUACACACUUAAUUCUCCAUAUCCAAUCAAAGAGCAAUAAAUAUGUUGUAACUGUGGUUAUAAGACGCAAUAUCUGUCGACGAAAAGUAAUCAGAGAUAAAGAUUCCAACAUGCUCGAAUAAAGCGAAUAAAUAUAUGUGAUUUAAAUCUUAUAGGAAGUUAUAAACUUGUUAAAGAAUUUCUCAUUGAGAAUAUUUUUGCAACAAAAGCCAUAUGGUAGUUACAAUGGGAUCAAGCACGAUGAACAGUUUGAUUGCGCUUACAGGAACAGGACAGACUUCUGAAUAUGCCACAGAAAAUGCCAUUAAUGAAACAUUACCACCGCAUGUGUGCGGUUCAAACAGCUCUGUCUGGCUAUUGACAUCACCAGUCUGUUCCAUAAAAUACCAUUCUAUUGUGACUUUCUUAGUUGUAGCAUUAAUUUUAUGUGUUAUAACAUUCAUUACCAUAUUUGGUAAUUUGCUGGUUCUAGUUGCCUUGUAUCGCUUUAAAAAGCUUAGGUCAAUGUCAAAUUGUUUGAUUGGUAAUCUUGCUGUUAGUGAUCUGUUGCUCGCUUUAUCCGUGUUACCAAUAUCAACAACAUACGACGUACUCGGAUACUGGGUGUUCGGGGAAAUUAUGUGUACAAUAUGGCUUUGUAUUGACGUCCUUUAUUGCACAGCUUCGAUAUGGGGACUGUGUACGAUAGCAGUAGACAGAUAUACGGCAACCGUCUAUCCAGUCUGGUAUCUGGAAAAAAAAUCACCGACUAGGGCUUUGGUUUAUAUAAUAUUUGUCUGGAUGUUUUCUAUAAUUGUUUCUGUGGCUCCAUUUAUCGGCUGGCGAGAAAUGAUACAAGGUUUUUAUCAAUACGAUUCUGAAAUAAAUAGGCAACACUGUGUGCUGUUUAUGUCCAAAACAUAUGUGGUUUAUAGCGCAAUGGGGUCAUUUGUGAUUCCAACAGUUUUGAUGGUAUUUCUUUACGUCAGAAUAUUUAUAGUUCUCCGUAAACGUACCCGAUCAAUGCAACCGAUGCGGAAACGUGCAUUUUAUCCAUCUGAAAGUGACUUUGAAAGUGACGCUCAUGGUUUGGACGAAGCUGACAGUGAUGACAGAACGGAAGUAGAAUUAAAGGCAGCAUCAACACAAACAGCUCCUUUAAAUUCGAAUGGGUCCAGCAAAGCUGAAAAUGGCACAAAACCGAAAUCGUCUAUGAAUGGAAAUGCGGUUAACUUUGCGGAUACCAAUUCGCAUGAUGUUCAAAACAAUCAGAUUAAUUCGGAUUUAUACACGAAUGAAGAGCGCGAAAAAAGUGUUUCUCGACCUAAUUUGAAAAUUGAGGUGACUGACUUUACUGAGAAUGAUAUAUCAAACACAUCACAAACUAAAAGUUCGAACCUUAGCAAAAAUAAUAUAGCUAUGAAAAAGAAGAACUGUAAUCUAAAAGUAAAUUACGAAAAUCAGCAAAACGGGAAAAGUCCAAGCCAUGUGUCAAGAAAGAGUUUCAAUGAAGAAUCAUCAGAACAAGAAUGCGAAACAAGGUAUCUACGGUCCCCACGUUCAAGUAAAGCUACGUUCUUUCCAUGGAAACGAGGAAAUUCUGGCUCCUUGAGUGUAAAGCACAAAUACGAACUUAGGGAACGGCGUGCAACAAAACGAAUGGCCAUGAUCAUGGCAUGUUUCUGCUUUUGCUGGUGGCCUUUCCUCUUCAUGUACACUAUUAGAAGUUUCUGUGAAAAUUGUCCACUUGAUAUGCAUUUCCAGGCGGCCAUUAUUUGGUUGGGUUAUGCAAACUCUAGUCUUAAUCCAAUAUUGUAUACAAUUUUCAACGACGAUUUUCGAAAAGCGUUCCAUAAAAUUGUGUUUUGCAAGAAUACGUCACAUAACAGAAGGCACAGAUAAAAGUGUUUUGUUUAUUCUUUUCACAAAUUUAUUUUAAGUAACAUCUUAUUAUCUUUAUUCAUACGAGUCUGCCAUAAUAGUGCUAUAUAAAGACUAUUUUUCAUAUAUACAUUGUAAAUACAUUUUGAAACAUAA